CCUCGCUCAUCAUCAGAUGCAAAUCCAUUCGCGGAGUGUGUUGUCCAGUUUAGGCUGUGCUCAGUUGAAAAAUCGUGCAAAUUCGGAAGUUUUUCUGUGAAGGCUUUUGAAACCAGUGAAAAACUUAUCAGAACAGUGCCCCCGAGUGUGCUAUUUACCCGUUUGUGGGUGAAAAUUUUGUGCAAUUAGUGACAAAAAGUGCCGCCUUUCUUCUUUUCGUCGGCCCAGCUGAAAGUCUCCUCUGUUGUGGAGUCGAGUGACUAUUGAAGGUUAGGUGUGAUGAAAGGAAAAAUCCUGAUUUUGGUCAGAUAAAGUGCGGAAAAACCCGUUCUGAUACGUUAGAAAACAGCUUCAGUGUUGUCGGAACAGUUUAUCGGAACUAUAGCAAUCGGUGAAAAGCCAAAGUGAGUCAGUGCUUUGAAAACUGGAAAGAAGACAAAUUAGCAGAACGGAAAAGUUUCUCGAGGGAGUGUUUCGUAUAGUGCGUGAAGUGAGUUUCAUAUUUGCCAGAAUGCAGUAGCCACUAUGAAGCGUGGUCGUACGGAAGAAAUGCAGUUCGGGCAGCCCCCUCGAACGGGUGGGACUGCUCCCCAUCAGCGGCUGAUUACGACGAGCCAGCCGCACAAUCCCGGGCCGACGAUUCAGUAUCAGAUAUCGCCGAAUGUGAUCAAAACGACCGCGCCCGCCGAUGUGGUGGCAAAUUUAAGCCAAUCUCAGCAACAACAGCAAGUGCAGCAACAGCAAACUGUGACCCAGCAAAGUCAGCAGCAAUCGCAAGUGUCUCAGCAAGGGCCACCGCCACCGUCUCAGCAACAGCCCAGCGUCCAGUACACUACAUCUUACACUACGUCAAUCGGUGGUACAAAUUUGGUGAAAACAACAAGCCAUGGUCAGCCAACGGCACCACAGCCCGCCCAGCAGAUCCAUGUGGUAAAUACAACCAGCCAAGUUCGUGGCCACAAAGGCACAACAAACGCCAACGCCGGGACAAACCAAGUGAUAACUACAAUGCCAACAAAUGUAAUCUCGAGUGCGCAACAACAAGCUGUGCCGCCACCCCCGCCACAGGGUCAGGCGCAGUUCCAGCGGUUGAAGGUUGAAGAUGCUCUCAGUUAUCUCGAUCAGGUCAAAUUCCGCUUCGGUAAUCAGCCGCAGGUCUACAAUGAUUUCUUGGAUAUCAUGAAGGAGUUCAAAUCGCAGAGCAUCGAUACGCCCGGUGUCAUUCAGCGCGUGUCGAAUCUAUUCAAGGGUCACCCCGAAUUGAUCGUGGGUUUCAACACCUUUCUUCCGCCUGGUUACAAGAUUGAAGUGCAGGCGAACGAUCAAGGCUAUGCCUUUCAGGUGUCCGUAUCAGUGCCAUCGACGUCAACCGGGACAACGGUAGCCCCUCAGCCUUCUCCCCACAAGUACAACACCAUUUUCCAAGGCGGCGGUCAAAUCGUACAAACUGGCAACACUGCUGUCAAUCUAGUGACCUACGGGCAUUCAACCGGUUCGGUGCAUACUACUCUGCAACCAGUGAGUACAACCGGACCGACAACGCAAAAUUCCAAUGUUACUAGUAUUCCACCGAUUCCUCAAUCUCCGCAAAACUUCUCGAGAGAUCGAGAACGAACGAUCUCCGGCGGAAGUGGGGGACCUACGUUGCCACCUGGUACUACUCCGGUAGGAAACGUUACGCCCGAUCCUUCCGCAAUCAGCAGUCAACAGCAACAAAAUCUCCAUCGAAUGAUCUCUCAAACAGUGAUUCCUCAUCAACCCCAACAGCAAGCACCACCACCGGAACCAGCCGCUGGUAACGCGCAACCAAAUCAACCGGUAGAAUUCAACCAUGCCAUCACCUAUGUCAACAAAAUCAAAAACCGUUUCCAUUCUCAGCCGGAAAAGUAUAAGCGGUUCCUGGAAAUCCUGCAUACCUAUCAGAAGGAACAGAAGAUCCACAAGGAAGGAACGCAAGGGGCGUGCAAUUCCGGCGCAAAGCAGCUAACCGAAGCCGAAGUGUACACCCAGGUAGCCAAGCUGUUCGAUAAUCAGGAAGAUCUCCUGAGGGAGUUCGGUCAAUUCCUACCGGACGCAACCAGCCAUGCACCGAUGCAUGUGAACAAAAACCACUCGAUGCAUGAACAAGUACAACCUCCUCCACCGCAGCAAACGCACGGCAAGAAGAUGUCCGGCAGUGUGAUGAAUGCGAACGUAAAGCCCUUCAACAGCUCACAUCAAGCUGGAUUGGCACGUCUGCAGGAUCGGGAUUAUGGCCCUAGCGAGAAAGACUAUUCCGCUGGUGGAAUGGGAGGAGGACGGGGAGGCAGUAUGGGCAUCGAGAAGGAACCAAGGAAUCACGUAAGCAAUCAAAAGUAUGCGCAUGGUGCGUCCGGGAUGCAAGGCAGCGGUCACGGAGGAGGUGGAAAUGCAAUAAAACGGUCACCGUCCUAUUCGCAAGUUCCUCCGCACAUGGGACACAAUCUGUCGUCGAGGGAUCGUGAAGGUCCACCGAUCAAGCGACAUAAACCGAUUUGUAGGGACAUCACACUGGCUGAGGCUUCCAAAUUUGGGACGUUGAAUGAUUAUGCGUUCUUCGACAAGGUUCGGAAAGCUUUGCGGAGUCCCGAUGUUUACGAGAAUUUCCUACGAUGUCUGACGUUGUUCAAUCAGGAAAUUGUGUCGAAAUCGGAACUACAAACCUUGGUGACACCGUUUCUGAGCAGGUUUCCCGAUCUGCUAAAGUGGUUCCAGGACUUCCUGGGUCCUUCGACGGUACCCGAGUGUGUCCCCUUGGCUUCGGCCCAGCGACAAGAUCGAUCUCAAAGUGAACUUGCCACCGAUAUUGAUUUGUCCACUUGCAAACGUCUCGGUGCUAGUUACUGUGCUCUUCCGAAAUCUCAUGAGAAUGUGAAAUGUUCCGGCAGGACGGCGCUCUGUCGGGACGUUCUAAACGAUACCUGGGUCUCGUUCCCGACGUGGGCAGAGGAUUCCACCUUUGUCACGUCACGGAAAACGCAAUACGAGGAAUUCAUCUACCGGUGCGAGGAUGAACGGUUCGAGUUGGAUGUUGUGAUAGAAACGAACAGUGCAACGAUACGAGUGCUGGAGGGCGUCCAGAAGAAGCUGAGUCGGAUGUCCCAGGACGAGGUGAGCCGGUUCCGGCUGGACGAGUGUUUGGGCGGUACUUCGGCGACGAUACACCAGCGGGCACUGAAGCGCAUCUACGGCGACAAGGCGAAUGAUAUUAUCCAGGGGUUGAGGAAGAACCCGGUCGUAGCCGUUCCCGUGGUGCUACGGAGGUUGAAAGCCAAGGAAGAGGAGUGGCGCGAAGCGCAAAAGGGCUUCAACAAGCAGUGGCGAGAGCAGAACGAAAAGUACUAUCUGAAGUCUCUGGACCACCAGGGCAUUAACUUUAAGCAGAACGACAUUAAAGCACUCCGAUCGAAAAGUUUGUUCAAUGAAAUUGAAACUCUUUUUGAUGAGGUGAGUUACAUGAAGCGCCACGAGCAAACCGAGGACGGCAGCUCGAACCCGCUGACCAGUGGACCGCACCUGGUGUUGCCCUACAAAGAUAAGACGAUCCUGGACGAUGCGGCCAACCUACUGAUUCAUCACGUGAAGCGGCAAACCGGCAUCCAGAAGCAGGAGAAGGCCCGCAUCAAGCACAUCCUGCGGCAGUUCGUGCCGGAUUUGUUCUUCGCCCCUCGUCAGCAGCUGAGCGACGAUGAACGGGAGGAGGAUGACAGAGAUAUGGAUGUCGAUCAGGAGCACGACGAUGAGAACAAGUCCUCUUCGAAGAAUGGCAACAAAAACAACGGUAGCAGCAAUUUAACAUCGAGUACAAGUGCGGGCGGCAAUGGGAGCGGCAGUGCCACCGAAAAAGAUGCCUUUGCAUCUGCCAUAAAAGAAGAAACACCGGACAGUACUACAGCCGGUUCGAAACCGAUCACAUCGGCAACGGCUAGCAGUAGUUCGCCCGAGAACGCAAUGACAUUACCAGGAACGACAGCGACAAGCAGCGGUACGACGGGUCAACCGACCAGUACGGCAUCCGGCGUUGAUAGUAGUUCGACGUCGGGAGCCAAUCGAUCAUCCACGGAAGACAGCGGCAAGGAGAACCUGCCGGAUAGUGCUAUCAAGGUGGAGAUCAAACAGGAGCAUGAUCCCGAUCAGCCGACUGGUUCGGCAGGACAGACGACGAGUGGUGCGCAACAGCAGCCAUCCACUAAUCCACCGCUUCCAGCCCAUGCCAUAAGCAAGCAUUAUGAGGAAGCCUACACGCUGUUCUUCACCAACAACAACUGGUAUCUGUUCCUGCGGUUGCAUGCAAUCCUCUGCGAGCGGCUUCGCACCAUCUACGAGCGGGCCCAGAUCAUUGCCACCGAGGAGCGCAUGUACCAGAGCUCGCGGAACAACAGCACGGCCACGGCCCUGCGGUUGAAGCCCAAGAGCGAAAUCAAGGUGGAGGAUUUCUACUCGACCUUCCUGGACAUGCUGAAGAACGUGCUGGACGGUAACAUGGAGGCGAGCAACUUCGAGGAUUCCCUUCGCGAGAUGUUCGGCAUCCACGCCUACAUUGCAUUUACGCUGGAUAGGGUUGUACAAAAUGCCGUUCGACAGCUGCAGCACUGUGUGACGGAACGGGGUGCUCUGGAAUGUGUAGAACUGUUCCAACUAGAGCAACGCAAGGGCGGUGCUGGCGGACUCUGUCGUACUGCGAAUCGUCGCGUUGCACAUGAAUUGGCAUACCAACGAAAAGCGGAAGCAGCACUUCAGGACGAAAACUGCUUCAAGGUUUAUAUUUACAAAAUCGAUUGCAAGGUGACGAUUGAACUGUUGGACACCGAGUCGGAUGAUACGGCGCAAAACUUCAACAAUGCCCAAAACUACAGCAACUACGUCGAUCGGCUGUCGAAUCCGGCGGCCACCGGCACCGGUAGCGAAAGCGGAGCCAGCAUAACCGGGGUCACCACCGGAGCGGGCAACGUGGAAAUCAAAACUGAGAAACCGGACGACGACUUGGCUUACAGCAGCGCUAACCGGAAAGCUCGGUUUCUGCAGCGCAAUCUACGUCGCUGUAAGGCGGCCAGUUCACCGCAGACUGAAGAGCUCCAAGCAGAUUCCUCACCAAAGGAUGAACGCGACAGCAAGUCACCUCUCUCCGGUGGUGGAACAACGACCGGUCAGAAGCUGAACAACAUAGCUUCGCAGUCCGCCGAAGGGGGGCCGAACAACAAUAACAACAACACUCUCAAGAAAGGCGAUGCCGCCACCGAAGUUAGCACCGCGGUUUGGAACCAUAAAGGCAAAACGAAUCAAGCGCCCGAACGGUUGCCCAGCAGUAAUGGCGAUCAGAGCUACUACGUGGACGAUCGUGAACAGUUCCGGCUGAGCAUGAACAACAACAAAAUCAGCUUCGUGCUGAACAAACAUCACAUCUUCUACAAGCGCAAGUCGCUGCUGAGGGCGCGAGAGACGCACCCAACCGUCACGAAAACCAUGCACCACCGAUUUGACGCCUUCGUGCAGCGUUGGCUCGACCAGAACGUGAGCGAAGCGCAGCGGACACAGUGCAACGAGUGGCUCCUCGGCACCCGUCUGGACCUGGUGAAAAACCUAACCGUCGUCCGGCAGAACAACGACAUCAGUCGAACGCCCUACAUGCCCUAUAAUCGGUACAAAGUUGAGAAGGUCGACCAUUUGUGAACGGCUACCGAGUGAGGACCUGUGUAAAGUAGUGGUACGUAAAGGCUGGACCCGUCAACGUAAUACAUACCUUACCUAGUACAUAGAAUGUGACGACCGUACAUGGCGACACGCAGCAAGAAGUAUUAACACUGAGAGGAAUACUUUAGUUGUGUUUGUAAUUAGUAGCCGGUAAGUAUCCUUCCUUAUGUUUUGAUUUCUCGAUUCAAAGGGGAAAUCUCGUUUUACUGUAAUUCAUAUUUUUUUUUAUUAAAUUGAUUACUAGGUAAGCAGAGUUUUUAACUACAGAAUAACAAAAUACAAUGAAAACCUACAAAAACUAAACCUUGAGAAUCAUGUACAAUUGAGAGUAGUUCAAUAUAUAUUAUAAAAGAAACGCGAUCCGAGUUCAUUAUUAGCCAAAAUGGUAUAGAUUAUUUAGACGUUAGGAAAAGAACAGUGCAGCAGCAGCAACAGUUAAUUUAAACAAUAACAUUAUUACUAGAAUUCUUGCUAAAACAGACCCAUAAACGCGUGUGCUACUCACAGCUCUACGAGUGCGUUGAAUUGUAAUCGUAAGCAACGAUUAAAGGUAAAGCGCAUUCAAUAAAUAUUUAUAGAACGUCAGACAUUUUAACUCUAGGUUGUAGACUAUUUAAGACAGACCAUGGACCUGCAGUGGUUGAAGUGCAAAUCUUCCUCUUGUGAUGGAACACUUUGCGUAAUAGUAAUCUUAAAAUACUAAAGUAGAACGUUACGAAAAUCUCAUCAAAUCCGAUUUGUAACAAUCAUCAUGGAAGCAUAGAUGGUGAACUCGGUUGAAAUUCCGAAACUUGAAUAAAAAUGCUUUGUUAAGAAGAGCAACAAACUAUUUCUGUUCUCCCCUUUCAAACCUAAUGGUAAGGUAAUUUAAUUGAAAGUCCGCAAUUACGCUAACAAAUAGAUUACUGUAGUGUUAGAGAGAGAGAGAGAGCAUACGAGGGCAAAUAUGUUAAUUUAAGCUAUUUUCCUCUGUGAAUAUAAGAAAUAAGCAUUACACUUGAAAAAUUGAAAUAUUUAAAACUACGUCAAACGCGUCAAUAAAUGUAAAGUUAUUUGAAAACUGU